GAACUUUAGACAAACAAUAAAAUUUCAGAAGUAGCCCGCCCCGUUGGAAUAUCAAGCGAAAAAAAGGAAAAAGAAAAAAGCUCCCUAUGCUUCCAUUUGAAUUGUAGCGCUGCUAGAAGAAGGGUUUCGGCGGCGGCUAGUGUCCUCUCCUGCCGCUGAAGGCGGCACUGUCUUCUCAGAAUCUGUUUUCCAUACAUCAAUGGCUUACACGCGUAGCAUUACAACAAGAGCAAGCCUUCUCGCUCGACGAUGUCAUGCAUCCAUUAGUUAUGCUCUUCAUGAUGAUGAUCGUAAGCAGCACUCUCUUGAUGAAGAUCUGUCUCAGAAAAAAAUUAACACUUCUCUCUGCUGGAGAUACUGCGGCAGCAGCAUCAACAAUUCUGCAGGAUUGGCCUCCUUUAUGGAUAGAAGACGUUUGCCAUUCACCAUUUCUCCAAGUGUGGAAUUUGCAUCUUGUAGGUAUAUGUCAACUACAAUUGGUGAGGGGUCAGACAAAAUCGAAUACAUGAGUGAUGUUGCAGGGGUUCUUUCGGAUACAACUGUUGAUGCAGUAGCAUCACAGGCUCCUGCUGUAAGUGAAGUUGCUGUUGCCGCCGCAGAUUCUUUCUUCCCUGUUGCAGCCUUACAGUACCUCAUUGAUGGUGUUCAUUCUUUUACUGGCUUGAACUGGUGGGCUUCCAUAGCCAUUACAACUAUUUUGAUUCGGGGUGCAACUGUUCCACUUCUAAUAAAUCAACUCAAAACUACAUCAAAACUGACUCUAAUGAGGCCACGCUUAGAGGAGAUAAAGCAACAGAUACAGGAUGCGGGUAUGGAUCCAACAGCUGUGGCCGAAGGUCAAAAACGAAUGCAAGCAAUAUUUAAAGAAUAUGGUGUGACUCCAUUCUCUCCAUUGAAGGGACUCUUCAUACAAGGUCCUAUCUUCGUCAGUUUCUACAUUGCUAUUACAAACAUGGUAGAAAAGGUUCCUUCUUUCAAAGGUGGGGGAGCAUUCUGGUUUACCGAUCUCACAACUCCAGAUAGUCUAUAUGUCUUUCCUGUGUUGACUGGAUUGACAUUCUUGAUAACUGUGGAGUGCAAUGCACAAGAAGGUCUGGAAGGAAAUCCGGUGGCUAAAACCAUGAAAAAUGUUUGUAGGGGUCUUGCUGUUGCCACUGUUUUUUUUACCCAAAAUUUUCCUAAGGCAAUAUUUUGUUAUUGGGUUACCUCCAACUUGUUCUCACUUAUGUAUGGUCUAGUAAUCAAACGCCCCGAGGUAAAGAAGUUUUUUGGUAUUCCUGAGAUACCUGUUGCACCGGCUACUACAGCAUCACAGCCUGCCUUCUCUUGGCCUGCACUAAAACGUUCUGUGGCAGUGACACAGGAAGCUUCUUCCACACAAGUCGAACCUGCAAAAAUUAUUGAGCGAAAAAUUUCAUCAUCUUCGAUUAUGAGUCAAAGGCUUAGAAGUCUAGAAAAACAAGUGAAGGGAAGGAAAAAAGGCAAGAAGAGGUAAGUUGGUCUUCAUUUCAUUAGUAGUAAAGUUGGCUAUGAUUCAUGAGUUUUAACCAUUUUUGCCUGUUAAGCGUUGUUAAAAUGUGUAAUUUAUAAUCGUUCAUUGAUGUAACCAUUAUUACUUGCUAAAAGGGCAGUACUUAUUAAUGCCCUAGAGAGGGAGAGGGUGGUUAUUUUUUUUCCAGAAUGGGGUUAGUUAAUAAUAGAAAUUGAGCCAUAGUAUUUUGAAAUGAAGUAAAUUUUUGUAGCAA